AUGACAGAUACUAAUUUAUUUGAUACUGUGAUACCAUCACCAGAUCAAACAAGAGCACUAGGAACGAACUAUUCGACAGCAUCCUCUGAUAGUUUUCAGCAUGGAAGCCGAGCAUCCGAUGAUGGUUCGAAUUACUCACAUGAAGAUGAACGUGAUUUAAUCUUUAAAAGCCGGAAAUCGUAUCCAACUCGCACAAGUCGUCCAAAAAUUAAUUAUCGUGAUAUUGAACGUGGUAUAUAUGGUGAUAUUCGAAAUUCACUAUGGAAUAUUCCAACCGAACGUGCUACAUCGAAUGGACUUACAAAACGAAAAGCACUUCAUCAGCACGACAGUGAUGACUUGAUGAAAGAGAGGCGUGAACAAGCACCGGAAUCAAAAGAUAACAACAGCAAUAAAGAUUUACCGCAAUUACAUAACCGUGCCUAUGCUUCUCCUCCAACAUUGCAAAGAAAGAAUUCAGAACAAGACGACGAAGAUGAAGAAGAGCAACAAACAGAAGAUACCAAUACGAAUCGACGUCUAUGGUGUAUAUGUAAACAAGUAUGGGAUGUUAAUCGUUUUAUGAUCAGAUGUGAUAAUUGCAGUGAUUGGUUUCACGGUGAUUGCGUGGGAAUAACCAAAAAUCAAGCAAUAGAAUUAGAUAUGAAUGAUGAUCAAUUUAUUUGUCCAAUAUGCAAAGAUCAACAACGUGUUCAAACGAAACAAAUGGCUGAACAAUCGAAUUUAAAUACUAUUAAACGAAAACGGACUGAAACACAGGCAGGAAUAACGAUUUCAUCAAUAAAUAUUUCUUCUGGCGAUGUAAGUGAACAUAAAGAACAAAUAAAACGGCAAAAAACAACUGUCAAACGAGAUAACUUGAUGUUCAAUAACAUCAAUGAUAAAAAGAUCCAUUGUAUAUUGCGUGGUUGUGAUAAUUGGAGUAAACUUGGUUGGGUAUAUUGUUCAAUACAAUGUAUUCGAAAACACAUUAACGAUACACUUCGUGCAAUUCAAAGUGCAAAAGGAUCAGAUAAAUUGACGCGUGAUGAUAUCAUGUUAUAUGAACAAAAAACCGAUACUAUUUUAAAUAGUUCAUCUGUGCCACUACCAGUUGAUGUAUGCGAUUGGAUUAUCCGUCAUCCGUCAUUUCAAAUUAUACAUCCGGAAUUGAAAAAAGCAACUUAUAUUCACCGUAAACUUGGAAUACCAAAGAUUCAUCCAACAGUUUCUUCAACAAAGUUAUCAACAUUCACAAAUGUAAACAAUAUCAAAUCAUAUGAAAUUAAUGAUAAAAAACCACUUUCAGUUAUUGAAAAACAAGAGGCUGCUAAAAAAGUUCAACUUUCAACAUCAUCAAUUAAUAAAUCAUCAUCACAAAAACAACAACAACAACGUCAAGAUUCCAAAGAAAAAUCAAAAACAAAAACGUCUACAGUGGCAUCAAAAGAGUCUCAGUCAUCUUUGUCAAAGAAUAAUCAAAUGGAUCCAGCAACAAUUCGAACAAAAGUUAGAAAUUCAUUAAAUGAAUAUUUACUAGAAAGAACACAGAAGGCAAAUUUAACACAAUAUACGUCAGAUCAUAUUAAAAAUAUUUGUAUACACAUUGAAGAAGAAAUGUAUCGUAUUUUCGGAAAUACUGGCGAUAAAUAUAAACAAAAAUUUCGUACAAUAUUGUUCAAUAUCAAAGACAAAAACAAUGAUAUUUUUCAAAAAAUUGUUAGUAAAGAAUUGAAUGCAAAACAAUUAGUUCAAAUGAAUGCUGAUGAUAUGGCGCCUGAUGAUGUUAAAGAACAACGACGACUAGAAAUAUUGAAAGAGGCAGAAGCAAUUAAAAAAUAUAAUGCUGAAACAGCCGUUGAACUAGCAAAACGUUCAAAAAGUAAAGUUACGCGUCAGGGACUAAUUGAACUCGAGGCAACUGAACAUUCUAAAAACGAUAAUCAGCAAUUGCCAUCGGAUGAUUCAGAAAUUAUCGAAAAAGCUUCUGUUGCUAAACCAGUCAAUGAUACAUCUGCUUCCUUGUCAAGUACCAAAAUGUUACUGAUAAAACCGAAGCCAAAUAUUUUAACCGCUGUAUCAAAGACAUCCACAAAUAAUGAAAAACCUCUUUCAAAAACAAAACCUACAUCGAAUAAACGUCCCAUAGUUGAAACUACACUAUCCCAACAAAAUGCGUCCACUAUUUCAGCUCAUAGCGACGCAUUUAUUCUAGCUAAACAUCGUUCACAUGUUUUUGAUAAAAACUGUCAAAUAUGCAACAGUAACAUGACAGUUGACAAACAUUUGAUUCGACAGACAAGAUUAGAAUCAACUCCAUAUUCAUUGACGUCAUCCGUUGAACCACAAACGGUUCACGAGCAAAUUGAUAUUACGAUACCAAUGAAGGUGAAUUCCAAUAUUUCACAUGAAGCAAUUUUUAAUAAGAAUAAAGAACAACAAAAUGUGACGACAACAAUUACAGCAACUCCGAUAUCAAAAGAUGAAACUGAACAUACCGAUUGUUUUUAUCCGACUACUAUUGAUGGUGAUAACGAUUACAUCGAACCGGAAAGUCCAACAGGAGACGAUGCGAAAUUGUAUGAUGACGAUGACUGGUCCGACACAAUUCACCAACAGCAGCAACAACGACCUGCGUAUAUACCGUCAUCAAGCAUAAGUCGGACAACGAUAACUCCAGAAAAAUCGCUCAAUGCUCUUUCAUACCAUCCAUAUCAGUCAAUUCUUGAUGAUUAUAAACCAACAAAUCUUGACAAUAUAAGAAAAUCAGAUUCAUCUGAAACAUCAACAUAUCCUCGAACAUCGAUAACUCGUAGUAAUAGUAUUCGUUGGCGUGGUUCGAUAUAUCUUGAUUCACAAAAAAUUUAUUGUCAAUCCAAUCAGUUAUAUGGAAAUGCCGACUAUUUAUAUACAGACAUUCCUGAUAAAAUAACAAUUUGUGGUCGUUUAAGAACAGAUGAUCUCUAUUCUUAUGUUGAACAAUCACUUUCUGUUCGUGAUAUUCUAAUUAUGAACUUAGUAUCAUCAGAUGAUAGUACAAAACAAUUAUUCGAUAAAUAUGUUGAUAUUCUACGUCUUGCAAAUCGUGCAGCUGUGGCAAAUAAAGGCACGCAAAAAUCGAUAAAAGAUAUUUAUAUUAUACCCGUCAAUCAUAUAAAUGUAUUCCCACCAAUUAUACGCGCAGUGAUAGUUAAUUCAUCUAAUAAUAGUACACAAUUACCAUUUUCAACCGGAUCAGAUGGUGGCUAUUUGUUUAUGAUUAUUAUUGCAUCUGGAAAACGAACAACAGCUGCAGUAGCAGUAAGUGAUUCAGUGAAAAAACCUGUUAAAGCUCUACCACAACAAAUUGACCAUCAAGUAAGAACGACAACAGCAACAGUAGCACAAACAGCAAAUAGAACCCUCACUUAUAAACCAGUGGGAUUACACGAUGAAAUGGCAGUGAAUGUACGCGAUCCAAGACUCCGAAAUAAAGAUCCAAGAAUACCAGACGAGCCGAUACAGCAUAAGAAAGAUACCCCUGUUAUUACUGCGAGUUCCGCAAUAAACUUAUCUUUUUCUCAGUCAAAAGCCGCAUCAGAUAUGAAUACAGUCAAAAGUGAAGCAACAGGUAUUGAAGAACAACAAAAUAAUCCACCAUCUCUUCUUAAAACAGAAUUAGCACGGUCACCACACAGUGAUGAUAUUAUUUCACAACAAAUAAUAUCAGAAUCAUUAAAUCGUGUUCGUCAAGCAUUGACACUCCCGGAUCAAAGAGCUAUUAUCGUUGAAACCGUUGAACUCUUAAAACCUACACCGUUCUUUUGUAACAAGUAUCUCGACGAAUUGAAAAAUAUUUUGGCUGAUUUACAAAAUAUGCGUACUCCACCACCAUUCACUGCAGGAUUUAAAAUAAAUGACAAAUCUGCAAGCAUAUUACCGGGAGAUGAUCAUCGUACCGAAGAUAUGGAUGUUGAAGAAGAUAUUGAAGAUAAAUCGAAUAGUACAAUGGAAUUUAACGACGUUGAUUAUCGUUUUUUAACGUCUGUACAAUCGAUAGAAGAAACCCUUUCGCCCAUGAUCAUCGAGUCGAAAAAAACAGACAUAUCUGAAACUGAUCAAGAUCAUCGUCAGCAAUCAAGUGCUAUGAACAGUCAUCAACAAUCAAAUGUCGUCGAAGAAAAAUCUAUAAUCGUCCAAUCAAAAGAUCAAGACCAUCGUCAGAGAAAAUCACGUUUUUCAUCACUAAACUCAAUAAUAGAUGACGGUGUGUCACAAAUUGCUCAUCAUAAGUCACAUGAUCAACAGCCAUCAACAACAAUAAAAAAUUCAAAAUUACCAUUCAAUUUGAAUGAUAUAUUUCCUAGUGAUGAUGAAGACGAUGAAACGGACAAUAAUGUACAAGGAUAUUCAAAAUUAUUAUUAGAUGAUGGACAUAAAACAUCUCAGAAAACUAGUUCAGAAGAAUCGAGUUCAGUUAAGAGUACAUUUUCAAACAAAUUUCGACCAGUAAUUGAAGUUCAUCAGAAUGUUAUCAUCACAAAUGCUUUGGAUACUGAGGUGACAUCUCCAACAGUCGACUCUUAUAAACCUAUUCGGUUUUCUAUUUCCAAAGUUCCAAUGCGUCAACGUAAUUCAAGCAUUUCCCAAUUGUCAUCAACACCAAUAACAAACGAUGACAAGAAGAAAACCGAAAAAAGUGCCAGUUUUAUAAUCGUGAAGCCGUCUGAAGAUCCGUACGAGUCAGCUCCACAGUAUAUUGACGAUUUAAUCCAACAGGUACAACUAUACGGUUUUCAAGGAUUAUCAUUACAAAAUUCCAAUUGGACUAAAAGUUUGUCAUCUUCAUCGAUACUCACAGGUUCUUAUCUCAGUUAUUUAUAUCAAAAUCAUCAUGGGCAGUCAUCAAAACCAUCAGUCAAUCAAUCAUCAACACACAUAUUCCCAUUUCCUAAUUCUACUAGUAAUUCACCCAUAAAGUAUUUUCCACGCUCACGACAAAAAAAUAUUCGAAAUAGCAUGCCACGUUAUAGAGAUUUUGAUCGUCCCGAAGGUGCUGAUUGA